GGAUAGGAAUGGCAGAUGAUCCUCAAGUAAUCAUCCAUCAAGCGACUCAGAAUUAAUGAUUUCUGGGCACAAUACAUCAAGAAGCAAUUUUUGCUUUAUGAGUAGGUAUUAAACACUUUUCUUUAACAGAGAUAUCAGUGGGCUGUACUUAGCUCCACAAAGACCUCUUUUCUCUUCUCCACGAGCAAUUUUUUCGAAACAGUUUUUAUUAUCUCACUUCUGUACAGGCUGAGAGAAUCCAACAUUUUCAACACUGCAUAGGGUAUAUGAACAAGAGGAACGACUUAAGAUAGGUAUACAUACUUAAAUGUUUCAAAUGAAGAUUAUUUUAUUUGACUUUAAGCACCUAAAGAAGGGCUCCUUGCUACAGCACUGCUGCUAGGUGGACCUAUAAGAGGAAAGAAUCGACUACUUUAUGUAGGCAUAGGCAGGAAGAUCAGCAGAAUUAGCUAUAGGGAGGAGUGAAAGCAUCUAGGGAGAUCCUGAAUGCUGAACUUUGGGAAGGGAAGGGACUCGUUCCUCUCUGGACCAGGCAGGGAAAGCCAGGUUCUGUCCUAGGCAACUAGAAGCUAGUCAAGCAAGUCACAAAGAUGAAGAUAGCCUGGUCAGAGGGAAUGCCCAGUCACCUGUCUCCAAUAGCCAACAUUUUAAAUAUGCUACUUCAUCAGAGGAAAGGAAACGCAACCCCUCUGAAAACAGCUCCAUCCUCUCACAGACACUGAGCAUCAGGGAAGACGCAAGACGGAGAAAGAAAACCUUUAAAGCCCUUUGCAAGAAUUUACCACAGAAGGCUUUACUCCAGCACCCCUUUUCUCUAUACCUAUGGUUUGCUUGGAAAUCAGAAGCGUAAGUCAGUUUGACCUGCAGCAGACCAGCCUGCCUCCCUGACAAGGAGACCGGGCUCCUCCGUGGCAGGAGGUGAAGGAGCUGCUCCCCUCCUGUCACUCUGCCUGUCGCCUGGCACCACACGUGUCCCACCGGCGGGCUGAACUGCUCACAGACACUAGGAAAAAGACGAGCAAAGAGCCUCGCUCUUCAGGGAACACAACGCCAGGCUCCAAACUAAAGCCAGGCGAGCUCUAGGCUCAGAAGCUGGCAAAAUCCAGCCUGCAGAGCACGUCCUGCGCACACACAAGAGGGGGGAGCAGGGUUUGCGCCUCCCCGCACCAGGCACAGCGGCAGGACCCGACCCGCCGCUCCCAGAGGACCGGGCACCGGCAGCACCCAGCACCCAGCCCCCAGCCCCGGGCCGCUCGGGCCCCGUCGCCCCCUCACCCGCGGACUCCCCGGUGUUGAUCCAGUCGGGGUUGGCCAGGCUGGCGAUGGCGAAGAUGUCGGCGGCCAGGAAGAGGCAUCCUGAGAUGAUGGUCAUCAUGGAGGCAUAGUGCAUUUCCAAGAGGCUCACCGAAGACCCACCUGCCCAGUGAUUUUGACUGCAUAGAAACAUCUCUUUGCCUGGAUUCAAUGGAACAUAAACAGUCUUGGGCUACAGGACAAUUACCAGCACUGGAAAACAUUACUCAGCACAGACAGACUACAGUAUUAAAGGCACGUAUUAGGAUGGGCAAACAAGGAUUGGGUCUUAUAAUCAUACAGAAUGGACCAUAUCUCCAGAUAAUGUGCCUGGUCGAGAAAAGCUCUGCAGCUAAAGAUGGAAAGCUGAAACCAGGUGAUGUUCUAAUAAAGAUUGGACAUGCUGACGUUUUAGGAUGUACUCUGCAAGAGCUUGGGAAACUCCUGCUCAAUAUUCCUGUAGGGACUACUCUACAAAUCAGGGUUUACAGAGAUUUUAUUGAAGUACCUCAACACUGGCAGAGUGCAGUUGAAUUAAUUCCUGAAGUAAAGCUUCCUGUGACAACAGCAGACACAAGUGAAGACACUGAGGACGAAGACACGGGGACCAGUAGUGAUGAUGAUACAGACUCAGAAACUUUUCAGUAUACAUCUUCCCAGUCAUCCUGUUCUGAGUUUACUCAUGAAUUACCAUCAAUAUACAAGAUUUGGUAUGUAUCUGAUACAAUCCAGACACUUACAGAAGGGAGAGACAGUGGGUGUGACAUUGUUCUUCAUAAUGUUGACGCACUGUGCAAUUCUGAGUUUGAUGCUAGUGGUGUUGGACCUCCUUCAUACCGGACUGUGGAAAACAGUGAGACCAGUUCCUCUUCUUCCCAUUCUUCUGUAUAAGACAACCUGUCUGAAGGAAUUUGCCUUUGCUUUGGAAUAAUUCAAAACUUUGACUUCUUCAAAAGUUGAUUUUUUUUUAAAUACAUGCCUAGACUUCCAAAAACACAGAAGUCCUAGCAUAUUUAAAAUUAUAUGAUAGCUAUACAAAUCUGUUUUAGCAGUGCCCUCCCACCUCUCAAAGGUGUCUACCAAUGCUAGUUGUGGACAAGACGCUACGAAACACUUCUACCUCUACUAGUCCCAGGUGAAGAGGAGUUGCAAGCUCUAAGAAGCUAUAAUAUAGUUAUUUUUGAAAGUAAGUUUCUUCAUUUAUGCAACACAAGGAUGGUGCAGAUACAAAGUUUAUCAAGAGCUUUUCCUGUUCCUAUACAAGAAUACAUAGACAACCAGUAAUGAUUACAAGGUUUAUCUG